AGGGAACGCGAUUGUCAAAAUCGCAUUGCAGCGAUCGCAGUGCGAGCUGAUUGCUGAAUAAUUGAUUAUCGUGCGUGGAUAAGCGACGAAAAAUCUCACGAAAAACGUAGAAACGCGAGGUUCGUCCCGACGACAAGAUGUUUCGCAGUUCGACGAACUUUGACAAGUUGCUGGAUAAGGCGACGAGCCACCUGCAACUGGAACCAGACUGGCCCACGAUCAUGCAAAUUUGCGAUCUGAUACGUCAGAGCGACGUCCAGCCAAAAGUUGCCCUCGCUGCUAUAAGAAAGAAGAUGAUAAAUAGUAAUCCACACGUAGCGCUGUAUGCCUUACUGGUACUAGAGUCUUGCGUGAAAAACUGCGGCACGCUGAUUCACGACGAGAUUGCUACCAAGCAGUACAUGGAACAGCUGAAAGAGUUGGUCAAGACCUCUCCGCACGAAAACGUUAGGCUGAAGACUUUGGAGCUGAUACAAGCUUGGGCCCACGCAUUUCGCAACAGCCCCAAGUACAGGACAGUCCAGGUGAGAGAUUACAGCUCACCACAUCACAUUUCGGAUACUUUGAAUAUAAUGAAAGCUGAGGGAUAUCAGUUUCCUGCUCUAAAGGAAAGUGACGCUAUGUUUAGAGCGGACACCGCCCCCGCUUGGGCAGACGGCGAGGUGUGCCACCGCUGUCGCGUUGCAUUCAGCAUGGUUCAGCGGAAACACCACUGCAGAGCGUGUGGUCAAGUAUUUUGCAGUCAGUGUUCAAGCAAGGUCUCCACUCUGCCGAAAUUUGGAAUCGAGAAGGAGGUGCGAGUCUGCGAGGCUUGUUACGAACACGUUAACAGGCCAUCUUCAACGCAAUCCAAAGAUACAGACCUGCCAGCGGAGUACCUCAAGAGCACUUUGGCUCAGCAGCAACAGGUUCCAGCUCGGAAAACGGAGGAAGAGCUACGAGAGGAAGAAGAACUGAAUCUCGCGAUAGCUUUGAGCCAGAGUGAGGCCGAGCAGAAGGAAAAAGAAAAGAAACGUGCUACAAGUGCUUUGAAGUCCAAUCCUACUCCAAUAUCUAGAACAACGUAUUCGCCGCCGCCGUCACCCGGUCCCAGCCCGUCCCGGAUGCAAGAUGACGACGAGAUUGAGCCCGAGCUUGCUAAAUAUCUGAAUCGCAAGUAUUGGGAACAGAGGCAAACAGUAAGCGAGGAGCAUGGGUCAAGAGUGGACGUGACCAGUCCCUCCGCACCUAACAUAGGCAGCCCAAUGCCCCAAAAGGUCGUACUCGUGAAGCAAGAGAACGGCGAGAUCGAUACUCAAAUGGAGGAGUUUGUGAGCGGUCUGAGAUCUCAAGUUGAAAUUUUUGUGAACAGAAUGAAAAGCAAUUCGUCGAGAGGAAGAUCGAUCGCUAACGACAGCUCGGUUCAGACUUUAUUCAUGAACAUAACAGCCAUGCAUUCCAGAUUGUUACGAUAUAUUCAAGAACAAGAUGACAGUAGAGUGUAUUACGAAGGUUUGCAAGAUAAGUUAACUCAGAUGAAAGAUGCCAGAGCUGCUUUGGAUGCGCUUCGAGAAGAACAUAAAGAAAAACUGCGCAGAAGAGCAGAAGAGGCUGAGAGACAGCGGCAGAUGCUAAUGGCACAGAAACUGGCCAUCAUGCGGAAGAAGAAACAGGAGUACUUGCAGUAUCAACGCCAAUUAGCUUUACAGAAGAUUCAAGAGCAGGAGAGGGAAAUGCAAAUGCGUCAAGAGCAACAAAAACAGCAAUAUAUAAUGGGUGGUUAUCAAGCAGUUUCAGGCUUUAUGGGACCGUCUCAAGGAUCACCCGUUCGCCAUGUGCAAUAUACGACUCCUGGAGCAAAUUACAAUCCUAUGUCACCGACGAAUCAAGGCGUUUACAUGUAUGGACAACCGCCGAUGAGCCAAUACCCUAUACAAGGUUACAAUAUGCCACCGAUGAAUACCCUGCCGGUGCACAUGAUGUCGUCGCUUCCUAAUCCGGAGCAGCAGCUAUCGGAUCCGGCCAUGCAAGGACAAGAGAAUAUAAGUCGUGUAUCCAUAUCAGGCCCGGGGAUGCAGGUUCAACCACCAAGCAACCACCAAAUAGGACCGCAACAAAGUCCGCCAAUGCACGUGCCACCGGGACAAGCCUCAGUAGGCAGGCAUAUACCGCCUGCACAAGGUGUUUCGUCUCAGAUACCGCAGCAAGGUCCACCGACUCAAAUCGGACUGCCUCCCCAGGUAGCUCAGGGUCACAUGGGCCCUUCGUCGGGGCCGGUAGCUCCAGGAAGUCACGUGACGCCCACUGGACCUGUGGUCGGACUACCAUCGCAAAUGGGAUCGCAGCAACCGUCUACUCUGCCUGGUACUUCUCCGAUGCUGAUCGGUGCUCAGUCCACGAGUUUCAUUCAAGGUCCCGCUGGCUGCCAGAGUGCUAGCAGCGGACCCAUUCCCGUGACGAGCCAAGGUCUACCCGGCGGCCCUCCUCAGGGAUCCGGCGUACCGACGAUGCAAAGUAUGGCUCAAAUGCCAACAGCGCAGUCGAUACCGUAUCAGCCCGCUCCAGUCCCAACUACAGUCAGCGAAGCUCCGCAAGAGCCGGAGGAUACGAAACCCAGGACAGCGGAGCUGAUCUCUUUUGACUGAACGAAUGGAAGAACAUUACUUACCCUCGACGGUACUCGAGGUAAUGGAAAUGAUCGUCCUACUUACCUAAAUUAAAAAACAUCGACUUUAAUAAUUAUAAAUUUCAACUGUACGGUCGCGCAUUUUACUCAAUGAAAUUUUGUGUCUGGCAAAAAAACUGUCAUUUUAUGUCUAUUAACUGUUAACAUAAUACUAACAAUACGUGUUUCUGAAAAAUAUAUUAAGGCAGCGUAAGAUGUGUGUGAGGGAAAAUUACAUUAGCAGAAUACGCUAACGCGAGAGGCAAGAUCGUGCUACGUGCUAGUUUUAUACUAUGCAAUUUAUGAUACCAAAACAAAGCUGUUUCUUGCUACAUUAUUCCUCUAAAAGCAAAUCGUUUAUAAUAGAUAUACCUAUAUGUACAGGAUAUGUUCUAAUAUAUGAAACGAAAUAAAGGUCGGUUUCUAUAAUAUUAAUAAU